UCCUUCCCCGGCAGUUUCCCGGAAUGUGUUAGUGCGCCUGCGCACCCGCUUGGCACCUCAACUCCGGCCCUUCCUGCAGCUGCUGCCGGGGCCGGGUUUGGUGGGACUUUAACAUCAUUCUGGCCAGAAACAGAUUCAGAUUUCGGAGGAAUUUCUGUAUGAAUUUCUACUUUUAACAGUUAGGUUCCUGAUCUCUUAAAUACCCAUGUUUGUGGCUAAUCUUAAACAUUAACUGUUUUUUUUUGUAGAGGGAAUACAUGAAUCUACAGGAAAAUCAGAAUUUAACUAGAGAUGGAGCUAGCUCAUAGUUUGUUGCUAAAUGAAGAGGCUUUGGUUCAGAUCACAGAAGCAAAGAGACCAGUCUUUAUUUUUGAGUGGCUGCGGUUUUUGGAUAAAGUUCUGGUAGCUGCUAACAAGACAGAUGUCAAGGAAAAACAAAAGAAACUUGUAGAACAGCUAACAGGACUUAUCAGCAGUUCUCCUGGGCCACCCACACGGAAAUUACUGGCUAAAAAUCUUGCAGCUCUGUACAGCAUUGGAGAUACAUUUACGGUUUUUCAGACACUUGACAAGUGUAAUGACAUUAUCAAAAGUAAAGAUGACACUGCUGCCUACUUACCAACCAAACUGGCUGCUGUGGCAUGUGUUGGAGCAUUUUAUGAGAAAAUGGGCAGGAUGCUGGGCAGUUCUUUUCCAGAAACAGUUAACAAUCUCUUAAAGUCUCUGAAAAGUGCAGAGUCUCAGGGUCGAAGUGAAAUAUUAAUGAGUUUACAAAAAGUCUUAAAUGGACUUGGCGGUGCAGCGGCUUCUUGCCAUCGUGACAUUUAUAAGAAUGCGCGAUCUCUGCUGACAGAUAGAUCUAUGGCUGUACGAUGUGCAGUAGCUAAGUGUCUGCUGGAACUACAGAAUGAAGCUGUAUUUAUGUGGACAGCUGAACUAGAAAAUGUGGCAACACUCUGCUUUAAGGCCUUGGAAAAUUCAAAUUACGGUGUACGUGUUGCAGUGUCAAAGCUUUUAGGCACUGUCAUGGCUACAGCAUUGAUACCAAAGCAAGCAACAGUGAUGCGUCAGAAUGUGAGGAGGGCUACACUUGAGGAAGUCUUAGAACUCAUGGCCACAGGGUUUUUGCGAGGAGGGUCUGGAUUCUUAAAGAGUGGUGGAGAGAUGUUAAAAGUAGGAGGGUCUGUCAAUCGAGAAGUACGAGUUGGUGUCACACAGGCCUAUGUUGUCUUUGUUACAACACUAGGAGGUCAGUGGUUGGAGCGCAACUUUGCUACAUUCUUGUCCCAUGUUCUGGAUUUAGUUUCCCAUCCCCGUGCAACACAGACUCAUGUGGAGGCGGUAUACUCUCGAAGAUGUGUUUCCUUUAUCCUGAGAGCAACUGUUGGCAGUUUAUUAGGGGAGAAAGCACAGAUAGCAGCUGCCAAGGAUAUUUGUCAAGCCAUUGGUAAACAAAUGAAGGCAGUAGAAGCAGUAGUGAAUGAUGCUAAUAGUGAAAAUAAAUCAGGAGCUGCUGAUGUAGCUGCAAGCCAACAUGUGAUGGUGUGUGCCCUUCAAGAGCUGGGUAGUUUGGUUCAGAGCUUGAAUGCCACUGCAUCUCCUCUUAUUCAAGAACCCUCCAUAGGGCUGCUGGAGACCGUAACCUCAGUUCUCCUUCAUCCAAGCAUGGCUGCUCGACUUGCUGCUGCAUGGUGCUUGCGCUGUGUAGCUGUAGCGUUGCCUUUCCAGUUGACUCCGUUUCUGGACAGAUGUGCGGAACGGCUCAACAAUCUGAAGACCUCUCCUGAAGCUGUUAGUGGCUAUAGUUUUGCAAUGGCUGCUUUACUGGGUGGAGUACAUCAAUGUCCCUUAGGUAUUCCUCAUGCAAAAGGAAAGAUGGUAGUAAGUAUUGCUGAGGAUCUAUUACGAACUGCUGCUCAGAACAGCAGACUGUCCUUACAGCGCACUCAAGCUGGGUGGCUUUUACUUGGAGCACUUAUGUCUUUAGGUCCUUCAGUUGUUCGGUACCAUCUACCGAAGAUGCUGCUGUUAUGGAGAAAUGUGUUUCCUCGUUCCUUGAAGGAGCUGGAAGCAGAGAAGGCACGAGGAGAUUCUUUUACAUGGCAAGUAACGUUGGAAGGUCGUGCUGGAGCUCUGUGUGCUAUGAGAAGUUUUGUUGCCCACUGUCCUGAACUGCUUACUGAAGAUGUAAUCAGAAAAUUGAUGACACCUAUAGAAUGUGCCAUGACAAUGAUGUCACAUAUUCCAUCAGUUAUUAAAGCCCAUGGAGCUCAUCUUAAAGCUAGUGCAGCUAUGGUCCGAUUAAGACUUUAUGACAUUUUGGCUUUGUUACCUCCAAAAACUUAUGAAGGAUCAUUUAAUGCACUUCUUCGGGAGCUGGUGGCAGAAUUUACUUUAACAGACAACUCUGCUAAUACAACUACAUCACUUCUCAGAUCUCUCUGCCAUUAUGAUGACAGUGUUCUUUUGGGCUCUUGGCUGCAGGAGACGGAUCAUAAAUCAAUUGAAGACCAGCUUCAGCCAAACAGUGCCUCUGGAAGCGGUGCUUUGGAACACGAUCCAUCUUCUAUUUAUUUGCGCAUCCCUGCUGGUGAAGCAGUGCCUGGUCCCCUUCCCCUUGGAGUAUCAGUCAUAGAUGCCUCUGUGGCUCUCUUUGGUGUGGUUUUUCCUCAUGUUUCUUACAAGCACAGACUACAGAUGUUGGAUCACUUCGCUGAAUGUGUCAAACAGGCUAAAGGUGUUCGACAGCAAGCUGUGCAGCUGAAUAUCUUCACUGCUGUUCUCAGUGCAUUGAAGGGUUUAGCUGAGAAUAAAAGCACGUUAGGACCAGAAGAAGUUCGCAAAUCUGCUCUGACUUUGGUUAUGGGAGCCCUUGACAAUCCUAACCCUAUUUUGAGAUGUGCAGCAGGAGAGGCUCUUGGUAGAAUGGCUCAGGUAGUUGGAGAAGCAACUUUCAUUGCCAGAAUGGCUCAGUACAGCUUUGACAAGUUAAAAUCCGCACGAGAUGUUGUAUCAAGAACUGGUCAUUCAUUGGCUCUUGGCUGUCUUCAUCGUUACGUUGGUGGAAUAGGCUCUGGACAGCAUCUGAAAACCAGUGUCAGUAUUCUGUUGGCCUUGGCUCAAGAUGGCACUUCACCUGAAGUCCAGACGUGGUCCCUACAUUCACUUGCCUUGAUUGUAGACUCUAGUGGGCCAAUGUACCGUGGAUAUGUGGAACCUACUCUAUCUCUAGUUCUUACCUUGCUCUUGACAGUUCCACCAUCUCACACAGAAGUACAUCAGUGUUUGGGCCGAUGUCUUGGAGCUAUCAUAACUACAGUUGGCCCUGAGCUGCAAGGUAAUGGUGUCACCAUUUCAACAAUCCGCUCUUCCUGCUUGGUGGGGUGUGCCAUCACACAAGAUCACUCCGACUCUCUUGUUCAGGCAGCUGCCAUAUCCUGUCUUCAGCAGCUUCACAUGUUCGCACCACGGCAUGUUAACCUGUCUAGUCUGGUUCCCAGUCUUUGUGUUCAUUUGUGCAGUUCCCACUUGCUACUUCGCCGGGCUGCAGUUGCAUGUUUGCGACAGCUUGCACAGAGGGAAGCUGCGGAAGUGUGCGAAUAUGCCAUGAGCUUAGCUAAAAAUGCUGGAGACAGAGAGAACUGUGGCAUGAAUAUUAAUCCUUUUGUACCAGGAAUUGGUUCCCGGCGGGACAUUCAUUCCCAGCAUCAAGGAGUUAAUAUAACAGAAACUGGCCUCGAGGGAGUUCUUUUUGGAAUGUUAGAUCGGGAGACGGACCGAAAGUUGUGUUCUGAUAUUCAUGAUACUUUGGGACAUAUGCUUUCAUCCCUGGCAGUGGAAAAUCUCUCCCAUUGGCUGAUGUUAUGUAAGGAUGUCCUUGCAGCCUCUAGUGACAUGAGCACUACAGCCCCUUUGGGAGGAGGAAAGGAUGAGGAAUCAGAGAAAAAAGAUGAAAUGGAUGAUGAUACAAUGUUUACCACGCUGGGUGAAGAAGAUAAAUCAAAACUUUCUGUGGCUCCUCGCUGGGCCACUCGUGUGUUUGCUGCUGAUUGCCUGUGUCGCGUUAUUAUGCUGUGUGAGAAUGCAAAUAAGGCUCACUUUGAUCUGGCCUUGGCCCGUUCAGCUAAACUCAAAAACCCCAAAAAUGACUUUUUAGUGCUCCAUCUCUCUGACCUUAUUCGUAUGGCAUUCAUGGCUGCAACUGAUCACAGCAACCAGCUGAGAAUGGCUGGUCUCCAAGCACUUGAAGACAUUAUCAAGAAAUUUGCAUCGGUUCCUGAGCCAGAGUUUCCAGGUCAUGUGAUACUGGAGCAGUACCAGGCUAAUGUUGGAGCAGCACUAAGACCAGCUUUUUCCCAAGAUACCCCUUCUGAUAUAACAGCAAAAGCCUGCCAGGUAUGUAGUACAUGGAUAGGGAGUGGAGUUGUAAGUGACCUGAAUGAUCUUCGUAGAGUUCACCAUCUCCUCGUCUCCUCCCUGAGAGUACAAGCAGGAAAGGGGUCUUCAAGCCAGCUUUACCGAGAGAGUGCCACCACUAUGGAAAAACUAGCGGUCCUGAAAGCCUGGGCUGAGGUCUAUGUUGUAGCUAUGAAGAUAAAAAAAGAAGCGGAAACUAAACCAAAUCGAGCCAUAAAGAAUACAAAUGAAGAUGAAGAGGAUUUUGGUGCUGUGGAUGAGCUCCCACCAGACAGUUUGAUAACGCUUGUACAACCUGAACUACCCACACUUAGUCGCCUCUGGUUAGCUGUGCUCAAAGACUAUGCUCUUUUAACGUUACCAUCUGAAUUUGCUAGUCAGCUUCCACCAGAUGGUGGAGCAUUUUACACUCCAGAGACAAUUGAUACAGCUAGAUUGCACUACCGGAACUCAUGGGCUCCAAUACUGCAUGCAGUGGCACUCUGGCUAAAUAGUACAGGAUUUAAUACUUCCGAGUCAACAGAAGAAGCUGCUGCGGCAAUGCCUAAUUCUCAGAAACGUGCUACAUCCAUUAUGUUAAACCAGGCACCUGGAACACCACCUACCACUAAAUCUUUGCCAGAGAUAAACAAAGAUAGAAUGCAUUUGAUUUUAGGUGUUAGUAUACAAUUCCUCUGCUCCCCUAGGCCUGAGGAGCCUGUUGAACAUGUCACGUCUUGCUUACAAGCCCUGCACACUUUAUUGGAUUCCCCUUGUGCUAGAAUCCAUAUUGCAGAGGAUCAGCUCCUUGGUGUUGAACUUCUAAGUGUACUGCAUCGACUUUUAUUGACAUGGGACCCUCCCUCAGUCCAGCUGCUCAUUACUGGAGUUGUCCAGCAGAUAGUGAGAGCAGCUCAAGAUUAUCUGCAGGAAAAAAGAAACACUCUGAUAUCUUUCAUUGCAGAUGAAGAGGACGUAAAGGAAAAAGAAACUUGUCUUGUGUUAGGAGAAGGUGGUGAGAGUGGUGGUCUUGUGCCUGGAAAAUCUCUCGUCUUUGCAGCUAUGGAAUUAUUAAUGUUUAUCUUAGUACGGCACAUGCCACAGCUAAGUACAAAAAUGUCAGACUCUCCAAGUCAUGUCUCUACUAAGCUCCAGCUGUCUGAAGAAAGUUCUCGUCUUGUGGCUGCAACAGUUACUAUCCUAUCUGACCUGCCUUCUUUGUGUUCUCCUGCUGGAUGCAUGAUGAUAUUACCCACAAUCCUGUUUUUGAUUACAAAAGUGUUGAAAGAAACAGCAAUAAAAUCAGUGGAUAAUCAGGUUCCACCCCCAGUCAGCGCAGCUCUCCAGGGGAUAAAAACUAUUGUAACUCUUCCAGUCAUCAAGACUGAUGAAACUCAAAAGCAGUGGACCAAUCUAAUCCGAAGCACUCUGGCAUCUAUCUUGGAAUACUCUCAACCAGAGGCCUCUAAGCCUGUUCUUGAUGAAGUAAGCAUGCUAACAGCUAUUGCUCUCUUCCUUUGGUCCGCAAGUGCAGAAAUAAUUGGAGUGCUGUCCUUACAGAAUGGUUGUGUGAACAGAUUUAAAAAUGCAUUAAAUUCCUGUGAUCCAUGGGUCCAAGCCAAGUGUUACCAGCUUCUACUUUCUGUGUUCCAACACACUAACCGUGCUCUGUCAACUCCAUACAUCCAUUCAUUGGCACCGAUAAUGGUUGAGAAACUGAAAGCUGUAGAAAGGAACCGCCCUAACAGCAAUACAGAGCUUUUAGCAGUCCAAGAGGGAAUAAAAGUCCUGGAAACGUUGGUUGCCCUUGGUGAAGAGAAGAACAGAGUCCAGUUGCUUGCUCUUCUAGUUCCAACUCUGAUUUCUUAUCUUCUGAAUGAAAAUGCCUUUGCUUCUGCAUCUGCAGCUUCAAAAGAUCUUCAUGAAUUUGCACUUCAGAAUCUAAUGCACAUUGGUCCCCUCUAUCCACAUGCUUUCAAGACAGUAAUGGGAGCUGCUCCAGAGUUGAAAAUACGUUUGGAAACUGCAGUCCGAGCAAGUCAAGCCAGCAAAGCAAAAGCAGCUGCCAGGCAACCACCACCCACAGUACAUUCUGCUCCAACAAUUAAACUUAAAACUAGCUUUUUUUGAAUUAUUUUGACUUACUCCUUUUGGAUCAUGCGUACAAUUAAAUGGUCAAAAGCACUACAUCAUUCCUGAUGUACUACUGCAUAUAAGUCUGUGUUUGUAUGUUGAAGGCUGUCUAAUAGAGCUUUAUGUGUAAUUAUUAGAAAUCUGUGCAUUAUAAGGGAAGUAGUGUUACUAAUAUUUGUAUAGAUUUUUAAAAAAUGGAAUGUGAUCAUAUUUGUGAAUGUACGUUAUAAAUUAUCCACCAGAUUAUCCAUAGUCUAUCCUGCUAAACUGAGUGAUUUAUUUUUAGAGCAGUGACCCUGAACCUUGCAAAUGUGUCUUUAAAAAGCUAGUUCAUGUUCUGCCAACAUACAGAGUGGGAAGGGAGUGGGAGGAGAAAUGAACAUGCAGUACGUACCAUUUUAUCUCUGGGAAUUUCAGGUGUGGGAACAUACAUUUUUUUUUUUCUUUAAAAAAAAAUGUGGAGCCCAUUGCAUAUCAUUGAAUUUAAAAAAGCUGGAAUUGAAAUGUUUCAGUCAUGUUCCAAGUGAGUUUUGAUCCUUUCUGGUCAAGCAUGCUAAUAAGCGAGAUGCCUUCAGUUGUGUGCGUUAUUUUUUUCUUUCCAGAUUAGGUUCCAUGAACGAAAGGACUCAAAGAGCCCAAACCCUUAUCUAAGAUAAACAGGGUUUACAAAUAGGACUCCAUACUAUCUGCAUUUCCAUAGUUGUGGAAUUUGCCCCUAGCCAGAGACGACCUGAGCAGGGUGUGGGGCCCAGGGCAAAUCAGCCUGUGCGGGGCCCUGCCCCUGGAUGUGAGGAAGCCAGCAGCAGAUUCAGGGGGGCGGUGUUGAGCAGCUGGCCAUUAAGCUGGCGGCAUCACAGAGUCGCCGCGGCCGCUCUGCCCAGCUCCAUGGGACUCCCCAAAGCGUGGGGCCCAGGGUGGUUGCCCCGAUUCACCCUCCCACACUGGGACAGCCCUGCCCCUAGCAGAGGGGCCUGUGGGAAACCAUUUUCCUACUUUACUCACUUCUCCUAGUUCAGCAGGAUACUGCAGAUCAGUCCUAUCCCUUGACCUGGGCUCUCAGAUGAGGAGCACUAUGAUCCUGCUGUAAGAUUAGAUCCCAUAAUUGAAGCCUUUGCACUCUUUCUCCUGGCUGACCUCAGAAAAGGCUGGUGGAGAGCUCUCUUCAGGCAGCUAUUUAAAAAGGCAACUAGAGCUUUCACCUACACUUUCUAGUGUCAGAAAUAUGUGGAAAGCAUAGAGCCAUAUAUUCUCUGCAUGCAAGACAAACAUUUAUGCCAAGGACCUUGAUUUAGUAAGUGUAUUAGUGCUACCUUCAUUGGUAACGGAAUUCUACAACUGGCAUACCUGGGAAAAUAUUGAAGAAUAAUAUUUUAUUGAAGUAAAUGUUUAAAGCAUCAUUUCCUAUGUCUCUUUAAUAUGUAGUAGAAUCUCUGUACUUUCAUAUCUUUCGUAUUAAGUAAAAUUUCCCAGUUUUCUGCAGA